AUGGCUGCAAAUGAUGUGCCAUGUUGUGAAACUAUGUUUUGGGUCUAUUUAGCCUCGGCUGUUGGUUUGGUGGCUUUUGCUGGACUUAUGUCGGGUCUAACCCUUGGAUUAAUGUCUCUUAGCCUUCUUGAUCUUGAGGUUCUCAUAAAGGCGGGUCAGCCUAAUGACCGAAAGAAUGCAGAAAAAAUCAUGCCCAUUGUGAAGAAUCAACACCUACUUCUGUGUACACUUCUCAUAUGCAAUGCCAUGGCAAUGGAGGCUUUGCCAAUUUUUCUUGACUCGAUUCUUCUGCCUUGGACGGCUAUAGUUAUAUCAGUAACCCUUGUGGUAGCUUUUGGUGAGAUUAUACCUCAAGCUGUCUGCUCACGAUAUGGACUAGCCAUUGGUGCAAAACUAUCACCCAUAGUUCGGGUGCUUGUCAUCGUUGUCUUCCCCAUAGCUUAUCCUGUCAGCAAGCUAUUAGAUUACAUACUUGGCAAAGGGCAUUCUGUGCUUUUGAGGCGCGCAGAACUCAAAACAUUGGUGGAUAUGCAUGGCAAUAAGGCAGGGAAAGGUGGAGAGUUGACAAAUGACGAAAUUACAAUUAUAACCGGAGCUCUGGAUUUAGCACAGAAAACCGUCAAAGAUGCUAUGACACCAAUAUCUGAAAUAUUUUCCCUCGAGCUGAACUCCAAACUGAAUGAGGACACUAUGAGUUUGCUACUAAGCAAAAAGCAUAGUCGAGUGCCUAUCUAUCUACAAAGACCAGAAAAUAUAAUUGGCCUUAUCUUGGUAAAAGGUCUAAUAAAAUUGAGACCUGAAGAUGAAGUUCCGAUUAAGAAUCUCAGUAUUCAAAAAAUCCCUAGAAUACAUGAAUGUUUGCCACUGUAUGAGAUGCUAAACUUGUUCCAGAAAGGACAAAGCCAUAUGGCAGUUGUAGUAAGGAGCAAAAGUAGCGCGAUCAAGACACACAUCAACUCAAAUCUAACUCAAAUUAAUGUGGAGAAAACAGGUCAGAAUACAAAACUGAGCAUCUACAGAUCUUCCAGCGAUCCUUCGUCUCAAAAUUUAGCACCAGAUACUACUAUUUCAAAUGGUGUAUUAGACUCGUUUCCAAAUCCAGAUGAAGAAAUUAUUGGUCUUAUAACAAUGGAAGAUGUUUUGGAAGAACUUCUGCAGGAACCUAUACAAGAUGAAAGGAAUGAGUACGUUGACGUAGACAACAUAAUGAAAAUCAACAUACUUCCAUCUUCAUUAAGAUCUGGAGCAGCAUCUGCAUCUCAUUUGGACUGGAAAAAUCUUGUGGCAUCUCCGGCUCAUUCACCACCUUCUCAUACGCCAAUGUCUUCACACCAUCAGAAUUCUGCACCAACUUCACCGAUGUCUCCUUUUAUUCAGUCACCCUUCAAAAAGUCAACUUUAUAUGCUUCGCCUACAAAAUCUAUACCAAACUCUCCUAUGGGAUGUGUCAGCAGCUCGCCAUCUUCAUAUAGGGUCUCAAGGAAAUCGUAUGAGAAGCUGGAAAAGCCCGGUAGUUAAUAGUUCCUUAGAUUCUUACACCUCAUCACCUUGACAAUAAAUGUACAACAGUAUCAUGUUCUGCAUUGUUUGGAAUGUAGCUGUUGUGAAAUGAGUAAUGCUAGAGUUUGAAAAAAGAUUUGGCUUAGAGAUAUCUAUUGACCAAGUUUCA